GAGAGAGAGAAUUCGAAAAUUAAAAUAAGCAGAGAAAAUAAAAGAGCCAAAAAAAGUAGAAAGCAGUGCAGGGGAGGUGCUGAGAAGAAGACCGUACAACAAUGGGAGCAAUGGUUCCUCCUUAUUGGGUGCCAGAAGACGACGUGUUGCUGAAAAGCGCCGUCGAGGCUGGUGCUUCCUUGGAAUCUCUUGCUAAAGGUGCCGUGCAAUUUUCUCAACGGUAUACCGUUAACGAACUUCAAAACCGCUGGUUCUCUCUUCUCUAUGAUCCAAUGGUUGUCACUGAGGCAGCCCCUCAUAUGUUAGAGAUCUUGCGUUCAGGAUUCGUAAUGCAGCCUUCCCUCACCUCAGGGAAGAGAAGAAAAGUCGAGCGCAUCCGAAAAUGUUAUUAUGCCUUGCGUAAAAGAAUUUUUAAUGAACCACUCGAAAUCCAAGGCCCGAACUUUGAUGUCAGGCCCGAGACAUCUCCUGAGCUCGGGCCUCAGUCCCUUAAUGAUCUUCAGUUUGGUGAACAAGCAGUUGCUCAUGACCUUUCAUUCAGUUACGAGGACAAUAAUGAUCUGUUCGAGUCUAAGGCCCGUGUGGAGGGCCCAUUUCGUAAUUUCGCGUGCUCCUCCUCCACGAUGCCUCAAAUCUGGGAGCAGGACCAAGAAAUGGCCGGGGACAAUUUCGUAAUUCCGCCAUCGUGCGAUGCGAAUGUGACGAUGGAGACCUAUUUGGCCGAGCUGUCCGAUAAAUUGUUUUCAGGUGAUGACCUUCUCUUCUCGGAUAGUAGUGUGAAUGAUGAUGUCGACAUGUCUUAUUACGAAGGGUUUUCCUCACUUUUGACAUUCGAUAUUCCUCCAAGUCGAAUUGACUCACAGCAUUUAGUCUGUUGUGAGGAUCCUAUUAAAGAUCUUGGGCCUGAAUACAAAAAUGGGGUCAUUUGCUGCAUGUUGAAUACUGAGGACCCGGAAAUACCCAGUAAUGAGGAUGUGUUCCUCCCAAUCAGUUUGAAGAUUGAUAAUGUGAAUUUGGAAAUCCCAAAGGUUGGAUUGGAGAGUGGUGAGUUGAGUUGUCGAAAGAAAAUUGAUUUUUUGCCGAGAGUUGAUGAGUCUUGGGUAUUGGAUAUGGAAGAGUGGUCAGAAAAUGAUGUGCCUUGUUUUUCUGAUGUUGAAGCAAUGAUUCUGGAUAUGGACUUGAGCCCGGACGAACCUUCUCUGUACGCAAAUCCAGAAGUCCAACAAUACGUGCACAAGGAAUCUAAAAGAGCAAUAGUGAGGCUUGAGCAAGCAGCCGAGGCAUGUGCUCACAGAGCCAUUACUACUCACUGCGCAUUUGCUGUUCUGUACGGCCGCUGGUCAAAGCAUUUCAUAAAGAAAACCGAGGUGAUACUCGGCAGGGUAACCGAAGAUAAUAAAGUUGACAUCGACUUGGGAAGAGAAAAAAAUGGUGGUAGAAUUUCUCGAAGACAGGCUAUUAUAAAAAUGGACAAGCUUGGUAAUUUUCAAUUGACCAACAUCGGUAGAUCUUUGGUUCACGUGAACGGCAAUGAGGCAUUGCGUGGCCAGAGUUUAAGCCUUGCUUCUGGCUGUCUUAUCGAGGUGAGGGGAUUCGCAUUUAUUUUCGAGACGAGCCGUAUGAACAUAAACCAGUACUUGAACAGGUCAUUGUGCACUUCUUUUGGCAAGUAUCAGGAUAGUGGAGAAGCAAUUUUAUAA